AUGGACGAUGCAGCUCUCGCCAGAGUGGAGAGACAGAGACUUGAGCUCGAGUCUAACAUAGCCAAGCUCCGCAAAUCUCUCAGACACUGGCAAACAUUGGAGAUCGAUUAUGAGGGUUUAAAGGAAGAGUUCUUGGGACUUCCGGAAGAUUCAUCACUUGACGACUGUCUUCAGGCUGGGUUAGAUUUCAAGGCCGAAUUGGUUGAUGAGAAAGAGCUGAGUUCGCUACUCAGGGUCAACAAUGGACGUGUUCGCGAACCGUCACAAUUGGUUGAUCUACUGUCCAAGCGGGUUGAUUAUGUGUCUAGAAAUAUCGAGACCGUGAGAAAGCAACUUUCAGAGGCUGAGAAGAGGAGAAAUGCGCUACUCCUUGUAGAGGAACCAGAGCAUCGAGAUGAUGCCGGUCUACCUCUUGCAGAAAUCACGGAAGAACUUGACGACUCUGGAAAUGUUAUUUCGAGCAAAGUCCAAAAUCCAGGAGCGGAUGCGCCUCAGCUUAUAGACGUCUUGAAAAAGGCAGGGAUUGACGAUCUCAAAGAGACGAAUGGCACUAUCACAGACAGCAGCCCCUCUACGUUGGAUCACACCACAACUAGCUCCGAUUUGACCAAAGAAUCGCGAGCUGGAUCUAAUCCUGGGGUCAUUGCAAAGAGUGACAGCGAAACCCUCUCCAAAGACAAUGAAGAAGAAGAAGCACUUCUGCGACAAGAAAUGCAUGACUAUCGAAAUGGACUGGACGAAGUUGGUGCGAUUGUUGCAGAACUCGACCUCGAAGAAGACGCCUCCGAUGUUUCCUAUGAUGAAGAUGAAGAUAAUUUUGAUAUUGAUUCUGACUUUGACGACGGUGACGAUGACGAUGACGAAGAGUCUGACGAUGAUACCGGCAAAAGUAAGCAACGCCUGCGGUUGUCGAAAGAUUACCGGAAACAAAUGGAAGAUCUGCAAUCCAAAUUGGGGUUGCAGAAUGUUGGACCAGAAGGAGAUCUUAGCAGCUUUAUCAAGCAAAAAGCCGCCACUAAUCGACCUGCUGCGGCAGAAGCAGCCCGUGAAGCAGCACUAGCAAGACAGGCCGAGGCUGUGAAGAGUAGCCUGAAAGGCCGGCCACUUGAUGAUAGCAACAUCGUCAAGGUGGAAGACGGAAAGAAGAAAACGAAGAAAAGGGUCGCCUUCUCCUCAGAAUUGGAUAUUGCACCCGAAAGCGCAAAUGCUAAAGCCCCAUCAAAAGACUUGAAGUCCGAGGGGAGCGCUCAGGGCUUAUACACAAGACCUGUUCUUGAGGCUGUCGUCGAGCGCUCAGCUCCCAUUGACGAAAAAGAUAGUGUUUCACCGACAAAACCAUCAUCUGCACGACCAAAACAGUCCCUUUUCAAGUCGGCUCGUAAGUCUCAGCCACAGAAUUCCAUUCCAGAAUUGCCAGUGACCGCCGCCGCAACGGUCGAAGCCAAUGAGCCGAAGCCUCCAUCAGCAGUCAUUACAAGAGACCUGGUCGAGCGUUCAGUUUGGGAUACACCCACCGCACCUGAUCUAACAGAUUUCUCAGACGCAUCUCACAAAGCUGAGAUAGCAUUGGAAUAUCAACGUAUGCGCAUGAAACGAAUCCAGGCCCAAGAGGGUGGAUUCAUCGGAGAUGGUGAAGAUGACAAUUACGGUGAGAUGAUCACGCCCAUUGGGGAACACGAUGAAAGGACUGGCAAGGAGAAGAAGAUCAGUCGUUUUAAAGCCGCCAGGCUGAAUAACACAUAG